AUGCUGAGUCUGCAGCUGAAGUUGAGAAUGGCUGGGACAGUGACAUGUCUGCCAUUUUGCUGCCACUACAUUUGCUACCCCCCAUCUGCACAGGGACGGAAGAGACCAGGAAAGAUGUUUACAUCUCAAGCUAUCAAUAACCUCAUAAAAUUCCUAAAGGCUGGAGCCAUUGUGCAGCAGCAUCUAGACAACAUCACCCGAGGCAGGCAGCCUUACUUUCUGGAUCAGGGACCGACAAGAAGCAGCAUUCAAACCUUCUUCAUUGUGACUGACAAGCAUGCACUUCCAUGUAAGUCUCUGUACUUAGACCAUGACACAGGUCAGGCGGGCUCGUGUAUGCGGGUCUUUUCCACCUUGCCGUUCUCCUCCUGUAACAUGGGGACCUGCUCCCACGCCAGCCGCAACGACAAAUCCUAUUGGCUGUCGACAACGGCCACAGUUCCUUGCAUACCUGUGGGCAGAACUUCAAUCGAAGACCACAUCAGCCACUGUGUGGUGUGUGAAGCCCCCUCCUCACCCGUCGCCCUGCACAGCCAGACCUCCACCCUACCAGACUGCCCCCACGGGUGGAGGAGCCUGUGGACCGGGUACUCCUUCCUUAUGCACACCGGAGCAGGCGAUGAGGGCGGCGGCCAGUCGCUAACGUCGUCAGGAAGCUGCCUGACGGACUUCCGAGCCCAGCCGUUCGUGGAGUGUCAGGGUCCUCGGGGAACCUGCCACUACUUCGCUAACAUCUACAGCUUCUGGCUGACCCGGGUGGACUGUUUGGCCUCGACGUCCCACGGCUCCUCCACGUCCUCCAACACGCUGACCGAAGGCCGGCUGCAGCGCCUCAAUGUCGGAUGCUGCAACGUCUGCAUGAAGGAGUGA